AUGAUUAUUGACAUAGAUGCAGCAAGUUCUUUUCAAUAUAUUGGAAAAUUCAAGGAAGAUGAAGAUAUUGUGAAAAAGGCACUAUUUAAAUCAAACUUCACGAUUCUACAUUAUAUCAAUAGUGAUUUUCUGCUUAAUAAUAGAGAACUAGUUCUCACAAUAUUGAAAAGUAACGGAAAGUAUAUUAACGAAAUGCCAGAGGCAAUCCAAAAGGAUAGAGAAUGCUUUUUCCUAGCUGCAAGAACGCCUUAUUUUACAUCCAAAGUUCAAUCUCUUUACAAAAUAAUAGAGAGUGACAGAGAGGAUUUCAAAUCAAUUCUGCAAUUUAAUCCGGACCUUUUGGAGAAGACCAUUUUCAAAGACGACAGAGAGCUUCUUAAAGAGGCUCUUUCACACUGUGGAUUUUGUCUCAGAUUUGCAAGUGAAGAAUUCAAGGCAGAUAAGGAACUUGUUUUGACAGCCGUAACAAAAAAUGGAUCUGCCCUUAUGUAUGCCUCUCCAAAACUCAAAGAUUGUGAAGAGAUUGUCUUGGCAGCUGUAACGAAUGAUGGAAAAGCAAUUCGAUUUGCUUCAAAGAGAUUAUCGAAUCAGAAAACUCUAAAUUGUAAUAUUUAUUAA